AUGCGCCUUUGGUACAUCCUGACGGCUGUUACUACCAUUGCGUCCUUCGCUGAAGGCUUAUCUGUCACGAGUCAGUCGAACGUCCUUUACCCAGGCAAGACGGACUCUGUGAACAACAUAAUAUCUACGAUUGGUGGCGAGCGAUUUUUAAGAACUCAAGAGGAAAUGAAGGACGCCAAGAUGGCCGAUAGUUGGAAGGUGGAUGAGGAGGAGAUGGGCAUGGAACUGGAGAAGGUGCUUUCACAGAAGACAUUAUCUCUGAAGGAGCCUCUUUUGACAAAGAGCAAGUCGAUGGUUGAUCUAUCCAAGAUCGAUGACGAGGCAGCUCUCCAAUUACUCAACCAGCGCAACCAUGACCACUCUAAAGAAAUCGAAAAAAUGGGUUAUACCCCAAAAUCGAUGAAAGAGACGUUGAUAGCUCGCAAGGGCGAUGUCCUUCUGGAUACUGGGAAUGUUUACCUGUUGGCCCAAUACUCCAGAUUUUAG